AUGAGUGGUAGCGCUGCAGCAGGGGGAGGGAAUGGGGCCCGCAUAGUGCUUGAGCGGGACACCUGGUUGGUAGAGAAGUUCGAGAAUCCGCCGGAAGUUCAGAAACUUUCUGAGGGCCAAAUGAAGCAAAAAGUGCAGGUUCGGGACUGUCGCGGUUUGGCCCUUCAGGUGGAGCCGAAGAUGAAUUCGUUGAUAUUGGAUUCGUGUAGCGACACGCGGGUGUGUGUAAAUAGUUUGAUUGCGUCAGUGGAGAUAGUGAAUUGCAAGAAGAUAAAGUUGCAGGUGUUGGGUUCUGUGCCUUCGAUAUCCAUAGACAAGAGUCAGAAAGUCGAUUUAUUUCUAUCAAAUGAAAGCAGAGAAGUUGAGAUUACAAGCAGCAAAUCUUCAGAAAUGAACUUAAAUGUGCCGCUUGAAGGAGAAGAAGGCGAUUGGCAAGAAAUUGCAAUUCCUGAACAGUUUCAUCAUAAGCUGAAACCCGAUGGGAAGCUGCAUACUCGUGUUUCUGAUCUUUACUCUUGCUGA